GGAGCAUCGGGGGGGUGGCGGAGGAGCGCCCCGAGAAACGCGAAAAUGCUGGACAGGUGAUGAACAGGCGUCGUCGGGAGGUUGCACUUUGCUGGGCCAGCGAUGUGACCGUGUCCACGGAGCCGAAAGCUCAAGUGGAGGAGGAGGCGCGGAGUAGGAGGAGGAGAAGGAGGAGGCGGGUAUGUCGCAGACGGUGCUCCGGGGAUUCCCGGGCCUGCCGUGCGAGGUACGGCUCGAGUUCCAGCUGCCGCUGCCGCGCAACCUGGCGUGCACGUUGUGCCGCGCCGUGUGCCCGGUCAUCUACCGCGCCGGCUGCUGCCAUGCCUUCUGCGAGAGAUGCAAGCAGGAGCUCAUGCGCUCCAGGCCCGUGCUCCUAUGCCCCGUCGACGGAAACGAGACCUGGACCGAGAAGAUUGUUCCGGAUGACACUGUGUGGAAUUCGUUGAAGGACUUCACGGUGCUGUGCUCGCAGAGCCUCCACGGCUGCAGGUUCAGCGAUACUGUUGCUGCAUUCAAGAACCACAUCCGCGACUGCCCAUACAUGAAGAAGCGGUGCCCUUUGUGCGAGGAGGACGUGCUGUCGAAGGACCUGUUUAGCCACCUGGGCAGCGUGUGCACCAAGAGGCCGCUCGCAUGCGACCACUGUGGCCUCAACUUUCACAAGGAGCUGCUCAAUGACCACAAGGCGAACUGUCCAGAAAAGCUCGUGAUCUGCGAGUAUUGCGGUGCCGAUGGCUUGCUGCUGGGAGAGUUGCCAAUGCAUUAUGAAGAGUGUGACCUGAAACCCUGGUGUUGCACGAUGAAGGACUACGGAUGCACGUUCGAGGGCCCCAGAAAAAGUCUAUUGGAGCACCUGACUUUUGAGGAUCAUAUCCACAUCAUCGUGACCCACUUUAAGGAGCUUUCUGUCGUUAAUAAGGAACAGCAAGACGAGAUUGGUCAUCUAAACGUGCAGCUUGAUGCACUCACGAAAGCUGUGAAGGAAGGGAAUCGGAGAGUGUCCACAACACUUCAAACCAUAAGCAGAGCACUGCAUGCACAGCAAGAAGAAAACCGCAAGCUAAAGGCAAAGCUGGACGACCUGUCAAGGAUGAUAGAGCAAAAGACGAUCCACCCGAUACCGAGUUCAAAGAUGGACGGUACUACGACGACACACCAUAGGAUUCCUGGGGACGGAACUAUCGAGAGGGUUACGUACCCUCGCUUCGUAGAGGCUGGGCUUGUCUCGCGUCCCGUCAGCGCCCGAGGCACCUCGUCUUCUUCAGCGGCGGCCACAGCAGGCAUUCCGACCGUGAGCAUGAUGGUCCCGUCAUCCGCCAGAGUGGGUCGGCAACACCAGAGCACCUGACAGACGCCCGGUGGUGGAGCGCAGGCCUCGCAGGCACACCAGCACCAACAGCUCCACCACCAUCACCAUCACCAGCACGGCCUACACCAACACCACCAACACCAACAUCCGUCUCAGGGUGGUGCAGGACCUUCGGGAAUUUGAUACGCGGAGAAGGUCACUCGUGUCCCUUCUUCAGCCCACAAUGCUCAUGCAAACGAAAGACGGGGGACAGGAGACGAGCAGUGAAUCGAACUAUGUGCGUGCGUGUCGUUUUCGUCGUUGCCUCCUUGUGGUUCUGGCGCCUCCGAAAGUGGGGCUCUUCGAGUUGAGCAGGUGACAUGGUUGGCGUGGUUUCACUACGAGGGGUGCCACCCUCCCAAGGUGGUAGUGUUCAAUGAUUGUUUGCCCGAGCUAUGCGUUGAAGUUUGUUACUUUAGUCGUUUUCACAAUCUCUGCAGCAAACCCUUGGGUUUCACAGCCGGGAUUUUCAGCGCUGAUAGUGGUAAAGCUGGGGCUCUUACAAACAAAAAAAUUGUUUUGACGCAUAGAAAUCUCCCCAACUAGUGAGCUUCACAAGCAUUGAGGUUGGGCUAAUCUAUAAAGUUCCAUGGCGCCUCAUAGCAUGGGUAGGCCCUAAGACAUAAAGAAAUAAACACAACCGCUGCUUAUAAAUUUCAUUGGGUAGUAGGUGAUGCGUGCUGAGACCAAAUACACUUUGCUUUUACUUUA